AUGAUCAGCACGAUCAGCGGUGGCCCCACUCUGGCAGGACCCUCUAACCGAUCGAUGAAGCAGUACGUGCGUGCCCCCCACUGCCCUCAGGUCUUCGGCAUAGAAGACGAUCGGUACCGAAAGGUGCCGAAGGUGGGAUGGGAGCCCAUCACAUUUUGUGAAGAAGAUGAGGAGGGGAUCAUUUACCCCCACGAUGACCCAAUGAUCAUUCGGGCCGAGAUCACCGAUUACGAUGUGGGUCGGGUGCUGAUCGACACCGGAAGCUCGGUGAACGUAAUCUUUGCCGAUGCGUUCAAGGGACUGGGGAUUGUCGACAGCAUGGUCACUCGGCAAAUCACGCCUCUCCUCAGUUUUUCUGGGGAUCUGGUCCAGCCAGUCGGCAGUCCCGACCUCCGAAGACAGUUCAUCGACUUCUUACGGCAGCAGGCGGAAGUCUUCGCCUGGUCUUAUGAUGAUAUGCCCGGCAUAUCACCUGAUGUCAUCAGCCACAAGCUCAGCAUCUCCAUCGCCCACAAACCGGUCAGACAAAAGCACCGCUCGUACGAUGCCGAACGGUACGAGGUAAUGCGUGCCGAGGUUGACAAGCUCAAAGCCAUCGGCUUUAUCAGGAAAGCUACGUACCCUGUUUGGAUUGUCAACUCAGUCAUGGUUCGGCGCCUGAAAAACGCGGGGGCAACGUAUCAACGGCUCGUCAAUCGAAUUUUUGCUGAACACAUCGGCGGCAUUAUGGAAGUAUAUGUCGACGACAUGUUGGUGAAAAGCCGAACGGCAGAGGGGCAUCUGGAAAACCUGGCCCUCAUGUUCGGUAUACUAAAGGACUACCGAAUGAGGCUGAACCUAGCGAAGUGCGCCUUCGGUGUAUCCUCCGGUAAAUUUCUCAGAUUCAUGAUCAGCCAAAGGGGAAUCGAGGCUAAUCCCGAGAAAAUCAAAGCCAUAAUCGACAUGGAGACGCCGAAGACACAGAAAGACAUUCAGAGCCUUACCGGACGUGUCGCUGCCCUGACACGCUUCAUCUCCAAGGCUACCGACAAAUGCGUACCCUCAGUGUUAAUACGGAAGCCAGAGAAAGCAGAGCUACCGAUUUUCUAUGUCAGCAAGGCACUCCAGAGCGCGGAGCUUCGGUACCCACCCUUAGAGCAGCUAGCACUGGCCCUGGUUGUCUCGGUGCGAAGGCUUCGCCCAUACUUCCAGGUGCACGAGACCACUGUUCUGACAAACCAGCCCCUUCGGCAGGUACUCCAAAAGCCAGAAACGUCGGGCCGAUUGGUCAAAUGGGCAAUCGAGUUGGGAGAGUUUGACAUACAGUUCAAGCCGAGGCCUGCGGAAAAAGGCCAAGCCGUUGCUGACUUCAUCUCCGAGCUCACACCUCCUGCGCUAUCGGAACCAUCAUCACCGAACGCCAUCCUUACUACACCGGAGAAAAUGGAUACCGAACGUUUCGACCCUUCCGUUCCUCUCUGGAUCCUGCAUGUGGACGGCUCGGCAAACCAGCAAGGCUGUGGUGCCGGCUUGGUGUUAACCACUCCGGAUGGUAGCAAAGUCGAGUAUUCCCUCCGAUUCAACUUCUGGACCUCCAAUAACGAGGCAGAGUAUGAGGCCCUCUUGGUUGGCCUUCGGCUAGCCAAGAGCAUGAGCGCAAGGCAGAUCAGCAUUCACAGUGACUCCCAGCUCAUAGUGAAUCAGAUAACGGCAGACUUCGCAGCGAAGGAUGACUCUAUGUCAACCUACCUAUCGGCAGCUCACCAACUACUACAAAAAUUUCAGGCCUACGAGAUACGGCAGAUUCCCAGGUCAGAAAACAGCCACGCCGAUGCCCUUUCACGAUUAGCUUCGGCAAUAAAUGACAAGAUCGGAAGGAAGGUACCGGUGGAGAUAUUAUCCCAACCAAGCACGACUGCCGCUGAGGUGUGUACCGUUCGGUACGAGGACACAUGGAUGUCUCCAAUCUAUGCCUUCCUGACAACCGGCACCCAUCCCACCGAUAAGUCCCAAGCUCGGAAACUCCGUUACCGAUCGGCAAGAUACACAGUCAUCAACGAUGUUCUAUCCAAGCAAGGCUACAUGACGCCGUAUCUAAAAUGCCUUACGAAGGAGCAGGGGGACUACAUCCUUCGGGAGGUCCACAGCGGAGUCUGCGGUGACCAUUCCGGAUCCCGAUCGCUCGCACACAAAGUCUUCCGACAGAGGUACUUCUGGCCGACUCUGCACCAAGACGCGAACAUAUUGGUUAGGAAGUGUGACAAAUGCAAGCGAUUCGGUAGUGUCCCUCAUAUUCCUGCCGAGCCGCUAUCACCGAUCGUGAGCCCAUGGCCGUUCGCCCAAUGGGGAUUAGAUCUAAUUGGUCCGAUGCCAGAGGGCAAGGGUCAGGUCAAAUAUGCUGUAGUUGCCGUAGACUACUUCACCAAAUGGGUAGAAGCCAAAGCCUUAGCAACCAUAACGGUAGCCAGAAUCGAAGAUUUCUUCUGGACGAACGUUUGCUGCCGAUUCGGCAUCCCCUACGCCAUCGUCACGGAUAACGGCAGGCCGCUUGAUUCGGAAGUCUUCAGAGAAUUCUGUACCCGACUCAAGAUCAACCUGUUCUUUGCUUCGCCAGCCCACCCCCAAUCAAACGGACAGGUCGAAGCAAUGAAUAAGAUUGUCAAGAAGCUAUUGAAACGGCAGCUUGGCAAAGCCAAAGGAGCCUGGCCGGAAAAACUUCCGGAGGCAUUGUGGGCCGUCCGGACAUCCUACCGAACGGCAACUGGGGAAACACCAUUCUCCAUGGCUUUCGACUCUGAAGCGGUAGUCCCAGUAGAAAUCGGAGAGCCUUCCUACCGAACGGAAACUUUCGCACCGAAACCGAAUGAGGAAGCGCUCGCCUUGAGCCUCGACCUGCUCGAAGAACGCUGA